AUGUCGGUACCUCUUCAGCAGCGCCGCUACCAUCAAUGCAUAUCUGCUCGUGGUACACUACCAUCUGUUAUUGCAUCCGCUGAAUCCGCUCCAGUUACCUUGUCAAAAAUCCAACUUUCUUUAUCAGAACCCUCAAUUUUUACUUCAGGGUCAGUUACGCUCUUGAUCUCCUCUCUCCUACCCCGUGCUCCGCCGCUCGUGCUUCGCCCUCCUUCUGCGUGCUCUGCCUCCCGUCUGUGGUUGCCGCUGGUGCUUCGCGCUCGACGCUACAACCCUCAAACUCUCAAACCUUCGAACCUCUGGUCUCAAACAUCCACCAUUCCAGCCUCCAAUCCCGCACCUCAGACCACCUCCACCGUUGUGAUUCGUGCUUUAGGUAACAGCUUUCAAUCGCGAACAACUGCUCUGCCUCCUCUUCGCUGGAUUGCCCUUGUUUUCUUCUUCUCCCUGUGCGUCCUCUGCCACUGCCAGGAGAAAGCUACGGGAGUAAAACCUUCUCUAGAGGAGGUUUAUACUAAAUGCCACACCAAAAAGGACAAAAGCUGGAUUGACGAAAGAUCUGAGAAAGUCAUUGGCGAAUUUAAGAAGCGAAAGACAGAACUUUCUCAAGUAGAUUUAUCCUUGGAUAAUGAGGGAGAUGUUGAGACAUCUAAGGAAAGCCUAGAUAUACCAGAUGAUUACACUAUUUGGAACGAAUUUAUGACAAAGGAGAAAAAGAAAGCUACUUUUGGUUUAGGUUCUUUUGGUUUAGAUCUCUCUUCAAAGUUGGAUUCCGGAAAUUGCUCAGAGACAUCCAAAGACAAUCUAAAUAUUGAGCAAGAACUUCACAUGUGGAAAGAAAAGGCAAAGGAGCAAGAAAUGAUCAAUGAACAGCAAAAGGUUAAGUUGAAUGAUGCUGAGCAUAAGUUAAAGGAUCAAGGACGUCAACUAAAAGCUCAACAAAAAAGAAUUGGUUCUACUGAAAAGACAAUUCAUGCUUUGUAUAAAAAGUUGAAUCUCCCACUUCUUUCAACCAUGUCUGUUCUUGCGGAUGAUGAGCUUGGGACAGGCUCCAGUGAUGAUGAGGAUGAUAAUAUGAGUGAUUGAUGUCUGGAGUAUAUGUUUUUUCUGAUUUAGAUUAAGGAAUUUUUAGGUGAAUUAGUUAGUACAUUUGAUUUUAUUCAUGAUAUUUGACCUUUUUAAAGAUUUUUUUUGUUUUAGUUUAAUUAUUUUUUUAUUUUAGUUUGA